GAAAGAAGGAGAAAAGAAACCGAGAAGAAAAAGAUUCUCCAUAUUCUCCGUCGAUAUUCGCUGCCCGAAGAAAUAUCUUCUUCUUCGUCUCAGCAAGAAAUUUCUCACGAACUAGUUUGGUUCAGCCAUGGCAAACGCAGCGUCGGGAAUGGCUGUGCAUGAUGAUUGCAAACUGAGGUUUUUGGAACUGAAGGCGAAACGGACAUACCGUUUCAUAGUUUACAAGAUUGAGGAGCAGCAGAAACAAGUGAUUGUAGAGAAAGUCGGGGAACCAGCCCAAACCUACGAGGAUUUCACAGCUAGCCUCCCUGCAAAUGAAUGCCGAUACGCCAUUUUCGAUUUUGACUUUGUCACAGCAGAAAACUGCCAGAAGAGCAAGAUUUUCUUCAUCGCAUGGUCUCCGGAUACGGCAAGGGUGAGAAGCAAGAUGAUAUAUGCAAGCUCAAAGGACAGAUUCAAGAGGGAGCUCGACGGAAUUCAAGUAGAGCUUCAAGCCACUGACCCGACCGAGAUGGGUCUCGAUGUCUUCAAAAGCCGUGUCAACUGAAAACCCGAAUGAUCCUCCGCUUGAAUAAGUUUCUUCCCCCCCCCCACCCGAUAUUCUACUCUACUAUUCCUGGCAUGAAAUAUCUUUACAGUUUCCUGGUGACGGUAUGAACCUAACGAACUUCAUUCUAUCGGUAUUGUCUCCAAAUGUUUUCGUUCGUUACAGCGUUGCGUCGUUUGCCUUUUUCGUGUUUCGCUAACCAAAACAAUGAAAAGGAGUGAACCUUUGCCUUGUGUUUUCCUUUUCAAACUACCAAUGAUGAAUGUUUUGGUACAUUAUCUUC